AUGUGUGACGACGAUGUUGCUGCUCUUGUUGUAGACAAUGGCUCUGGUAUGUGCAAGGCAGGUUUCGCUGGAGACGAUGCCCCAAGAGCCGUCUUCCCGUCAAUUGUUGGCAGACCCCGCCAUCAGGGUGUCAUGGUUGGUAUGGGCCAGAAAGACAGCUAUGUUGGUGACGAGGCCCAGUCCAAAAGAGGUAUCCUUACUCUCAAGUAUCCCAUUGAACAUGGUAUUGUCACAAACUGGGAUGAUAUGGAGAAGAUCUGGCAUCACACCUUCUACAAUGAGCUGAGAGUUGCCCCAGAAGAACACCCAGUCCUGCUCACAGAAGCUCCUCUCAACCCCAAAGCCAACAGAGAAAAGAUGACCCAGAUCAUGUUUGAAACCUUCAACACUCCAGCUAUGUACGUAGCUAUCCAGGCCGUCCUUUCCCUGUAUGCAUCAGGUCGUACCACAGGUAUUGUCCUGGACUCUGGUGAUGGUGUUACCCACACAGUCCCUAUCUACGAAGGUUAUGCUCUUCCCCACGCCAUCAUGAGGUUGGACCUGGCUGGCCGUGACCUCACAGAUUACUUGAUGAAGAUCCUCACAGAGAGAGGCUACAGCUUCACCACCACAGCUGAGAGAGAAAUUGUUCGUGACAUCAAGGAGAAGCUUUGCUAUGUUGCUCUUGACUUUGAGCAGGAAAUGGGCACAGCUUCCACAUCUUCUUCACUGGAAAAGAGUUACGAACUUCCCGAUGGACAGGUCAUCACCAUUGGCAACGAGCGUUUCCGGUGCCCAGAAGCAAUGUUCCAGCCAUCAUUCUUGGGUAUGGAAUCUGCAGGUAUUCAUGAAACCACCUACAACUCCAUCAUGAAGUGCGAUGUUGACAUCCGUAAGGACUUGUAUGCCAACACUGUCCUUUCCGGAGGAACCACAAUGUACCCAGGCAUUGCUGACCGCAUGCAGAAAGAGAUCUCUGCUCUUGCCCCAUCUACAAUGAAGAUCAAGAUCAUUGCUCCUCCAGAGCGUAAAUACUCCGUAUGGAUUGGAGGAUCCAUCCUGGCUUCCCUCUCAACCUUCCAACAGAUGUGGAUCUCCAAACAAGAGUACGAUGAGUCUGGUCCUUCCAUUGUCCACAGAAAGUGCUUCUAA